CUGCUGGGAGUCGGCACCAGGUGGUAGUUUGGGGUCCGCGGCUCUCGCUGUCACUCAAUGUCUUUCUGCUCUCUGCCUUCCAGGAAGCGCUCGCUCUGAUGAUGUCAUCCGCGGUCUCUGAGCUGUAGAUGAAUUUGCUCCGCGUCGCACCCGUCCCGCUUCCUUUGACAUGGAUGAUGAAGAUGGCCGAUGCCUGCUAGAUGUGAUAUGCGACCCGCAGGCUCUCAAUGACUUCUUACAUGGAUCUGACAAGAUCGAUGGAGACGACCUCUUGGAUAAUACGGGCGACGCGGCGAACGCCUUCUUCGUGGGCACCGGGCUACACGUUCAAGAAAAUCCGGGGAAUCAUCUGACCGCGGAACCCAACCCCCCGAGCGCCGGCGUGGACUUGGACUUCCUGGAAGAUGACAUCCUGGGGUCUCCGUCCGGCGGCGGAUCCGGUCUCGCCAACUCCGAGCAGCCCUGCGAUAUUCUGCAGCAGAGCCUCCAGGAGGCCAACAUCACGGAGCAGACCCUGGAGGCCGAGGCCGAGCUGGACCUGAGCUCCUUCCAGCUCCCCACCCUGCAGCCGGUGGUCCAGGCCGCCGCCGACGGCACCCCCCAGAUAUUCUCCGGCGGGGCUGACCUCAUCGGCCUGCAGCAGCCGGCCGUGCUGACCCACCAGGCUCUCGUGCAGCAGUCCGUGGGGGCCGACGUCGUCAACAAAGCCAUCAGCGUCCAGCCCUUCAUCCAGCAGGUGGGUCUGGGAAAUGUCACCAUCCAGCCCAUCUCCAACCUCCCAGGACUGCCUAACGGGAGCCCCGGCGGGCCGCUGGGCAUCGGGCAGAUACAAGUGGUGGGGCAACAAGUGAUGGCCAUCAACCAGCCGACGCAGCAGAUCAUCGCCAAGCAGGUGCAGUCGGGGCAAGUGGCUAAUCUGCCCGUGGGCAGCUACCUGACGGGGCCGGAGCAGCAGCAAGUCACGCUGACGUCGAGCGGCGUGUCCCCGCAGAGCGCCGGGCUGGUCCUGCAGAACAAAAUCCCCACCGUGGCCACCACGCUCAACGGCAACUCGGUGUUCGGCAGCGUGUCGGCCGCCCAGUGCACCCAGUCGCUGACGGUCACCUCCAGCCUGAACAGCCCGGUGAUCAUCCAGCGGACUCCCACUCCCAUCCAGCCCAAGCCUUCCGGGGUCCUGCAGCAGAAGGUUUUCCAGAUCUCCCCCAAACCCUUCGCGCCCAACAACGCCCUGACCCUCCAGGGCGAGGCGGCCCUGCAGCAGCAGAAGACUCAGCCCAACCUGACGUUUGUGGCCGGGAAGUCGGGGCAGAACGUGGUCCUGUCGGGGUUUCCGCAGGGGCUGCCGGCCAACGUCUUCAAACAGCCCCCCCCGCAGCAGCAGUCCCUGGGCAAACCCAUGAGCGUCCAGCUGCUCAACCACCAAGGCAGCAGCAUCGUGAUCCCCGCGCAGCAUGCGCAAGCCAUGCUGCAGGGCCAGAACCAGUUCCUUCUACCGGGGCAGCUCUCUGCCCUCCAAGCCAACAUGGGGGGCCAGAUCCUGACCGCCCCCCACCCCGGCGGACAGGCUCACAUCAUCGCCAGCCAAGGACCCGGCGGUCAGCUUCUCAACCAAGCCCUGCUCACCAACCCCAACCUGGCCAAUCAGCUGAACCUGGGGCAGAUGCUGGCGUCGCAGAACGCCCACGGCACGGCCCACAUCCUCUCGGGGCCCAUACAGCUCCAGGCCGCCGGCCAGGUGGGGCAGCCCACCUUGUUCCAGAUGCCCGUGUCCCUGGCGGGGAACCUGAGCACCCAGACGCAGCCCACGGUGACGACCUCUCUGAACCAGGCGGGCCAGACGGUCAUCCAGGGGGUGACGCUGCCCAACCAAGUAGCCAUGUUUAACCCCAGCGAGAGCCUGGGCCAGGCGGUCAGCAUCCAGCAGGCCCCGGCGGGCAGCAGCCAGAGCCCGGGGAUCGUUCAGCAGCAGCAGGCACCGCAGGUUGUCCAGGGGGCCGGCCUCCUGCCAAAUGCCGAGCAGCCCUCCAUCCUCACCGUCCAAUCCGCGCAGCAGCCUCCGCAGGGGCAGGCCCAGCUCCAGUUGAAUGUACGACAGACUCCGCCUUUAGCGCCGCCUCAGCAGCCAAUCGCGGCUCAGUCUCAGCCGAGCCCCCGCCUGUCCUCCAGUCCCGACAAGAUCCUCCUGGGGCAGACGGCUGGAGGAGCCAUCAUGAGCGCGGAGACCAUGCAGAUGUUCCUGCAGCAGAAGGAGCAGCAUUUUUAUGGAGCCGCCGUGAAGCCGGAGAGCAGCUCUGCCCCGUCGCUCCUCCCCCCGCCGCCGGCCGUCAGCGUCUCCGCCAGCAGCAGUAGCGUUCCCGCCUCCGUCAUAGUCAGCAGCGGUGCCGGCUCCUCCAUCCUGCCCCACCGUGAGCCGGGCCAGAACCCCGCGGCGCCGGACUCCAAAGGACCGAUUCUCUUACCUCAUUACCCUGCCAACCCGACUCCGCAGGGCCAGUCCGGCCAGAUUCCCGCAGGACAGCAGAAGGUCCCCGGCGCCUCUCCUUCCCACUCGCUACCUCACCCUCCCAGCCCCCAGCUGCAGCCCUCCUCCUCUCACCUGCCCCAGAUGCAGUCCCCCCACCAGUCGCGGCCUCCCUCUCGGCCCCCGUCCCGGCCCCAUUCCCGGCCCCCGUCCCAGCCCCCGAGCGUCCCCCGGCCCCCCUCGGAGCCCCUGUCCCGCUCCUGUACCCCCCAGAUGCAGAAUCUUUAUGUCAUUCAGAACCAGAUCUCCUCCCCCCACGGCCCCUCGCAGCACCCGCUGCGGCCCCCGUCGCAGCCUCAGGUUCACGCCGCCUUCGCCCCCCACCAGCCGCAGCAUUCAGCGGACGCGGCCCAGACUUUGUCCUCCCCGUCCCCGCAGCCCAUACAGCUCCAGCUGCAGCUCAGCGCUCCUCAGGGGGAGGUCCGGACUGGGCCCCUGCGGGCCACCCCCCCCACGUCGGAGCCGCAGACCCACUCAUUCCAGGUGCACUUCCAGACCCAAGCGGCCAUCAACCCCCAGAGCGGGGGGCAGCAGGUCCACCAGAUGACUUCGGGGCAGUUCCAGACGUUGUCCCUGUCCAGCUCGGCCCCCCAGCACAAGCAGCUCUUGGAGAGGUUCCAGCAGAUGCAGCAGGGGCUGAUGCUCUCCACCCAGCAGCCCCCCUCCGUCGCCCAGUCGUCUCCGGCUCUCGGGGGGCAGUACAGCGGGCAGCCCCAGUCUGUGCUAAUGAGCGGCCAGGGCCAGCCGGCCCCCAACCCUCUGCACGGCCAUUCCCCGGGCCAGGUUCUGAUCCAGUCCGGCCACCUGUCUGACAUAUCGAAGGGGCAGGUAGCCGCGGGCGGGCAGUCCGCGCAGGUCUCCGCGCUCCUGCAGCCGCAGCAGCCCCCCCAGCAGACCACGGUGCUCGUCAAAAAUUCAGCUCCGGUUGCUGGUCCGGUGCCCCCCGACGCGAAUGUUUACCCCGGCCCUGGAGGGAAAGUGGCCACCAUGCAGGGCAAACCCAGUGCCGCCCUGCCGGUGCAGCCCCAGGGUAAGACGGGGGUCAUCAGCUCCGUGCCGGGCAUCAGCCUGGGCAAAGGCCCCCUGCAGAUCCAGGUGGUCGGCAAAGGGAUCGCUCAGAUGGUGCCCCCCACGCCGGUGCCCACCCAGCCACAGUUUGAGAAUAAGUUUGGAGCGAUGAAGAAACUCCCAACACUACAGCCAAGCAAGGAGGCCUGUUUCCUGGAGCAGUUACACAAACACCAGGGGAUGGUCCUUCACCCCGACUACAAGUCCUCUUUCCACUCGUUCGAAGACGCCCUGCACCGGCUGCUGCCCUACCACGUGUACCAGGGGCUGCUGCCCUCCGACCGCGACCUCGGCAAGGUGGAUGAAGAGUUUGAGGUUGUAUCUACCCAGCUUCUGAAGCGCACUCAGGCGAUGCUUAAUAAAUACCGCCUGCUGCUCCUGGAGGAAUCGAGGAGAGUGAGUCCUUCUGCAGAAAUGGUGAUGAUCGACCGGAUGUUCAUCCAGGAGGAGAAAGUGGCUCUUUCAUUAGACCGGCAGCUGGCCAAGGAGAGACCAGAUGAGUACGUGUCUUCAUCUUCCUCACGAUCUCAGACCUUCGCUGCCUCGGCGGCUUCCGUCUCUCCGUGUCCUGCUCCGGCCCCCGAGGUUCUGAAGCCCCACGUGGUGCAGACUUCUACCCCCAUCCACCCCACUAAGCUGGUGAUCAAGCAUGGCGGAGGGGGGUCCCCGUCGGUGACAUGGGCCAAAGCUUCGCCUUCCCUCGAUGCAGACGAGGACGCCAUGCCGUCUCGCAGCAAACCCCCCAUCAAGACGUACGAGGCCCGGAGCCGGAUCGGACUCAAGCUGAAGAUCAAACAAGAGGCCGGCCUCAGCAAAGUCAUUCACAACACUGCCUUGGAUCCGGUUCAUCAGAACCCGCCUCCGCCGCCGCCCCCUCCCCCGGCCGCUCCGCCCACCGCUCCGGUGUCCACCGUCAUCAAGACGACGGUCCACACGACCCCGGCCACCGUCACCACCCCCACCGGGCAGAUGAACGGCACCGUGGACCACUCGUCCCCCGCCGAGAAGAAGCCGCUUGCCACCUACUGCCGGCUGCCUCUGCGCAAGACCUACCGGGAAAACGUGGACGCCUUCGUGGCGGGAAAACCGGCGGACGCCAAGGAGAAAGCGGAGAAGUUACCGCAGCUGCCGGUCGCCGCGCCCACCAUCAAGCAAGAAGACGGGUCGCGCAGCGUCAUCACGUCCCACAAGUCCCAGGGGCCGUCGGAGCCUGAAAGGGGCCGGAGAGAGGACGGCGGCUCCAAGCUGAUGUUCUUCAGCAGAGGGGAGACCAAGACCAACAAGAACGAGGAGACUCCGGUGGGAACGAGGAGGAGCGCCAGGGACGACGAGCAGAGCUACUACCGGCGGAUCAUCAAGUCGGAGCCGCCGGACAGCGAGGCCGAUCUGCCCUGGGACGUCCCGUUCCCGUCGGCCAAAAGGCUGAAGUCGGAGCCGUUCGACGUGGACAACGCCAGCUUCUCCAGCGAUAGCCCCCAAGACGACUCGCUGAACGAGCACCUCCAGAGCGCCAUCGACAGCAUCCUCAACCUGCAGCAGCCCCAGAGCGGCGGGGGGCCCAACGCGUUACUCCGCUCCUCCGCCCAGCCCUCCUACCACCACUCCUCCUCAUCCUCCCCCUUCUCGUCCCCGGUCCACCGCACAGACCCGUACCUCACCCCCAAUCACAACGGAGGCCUGGGGGCCAGGACGUUAAAUAGAUAACGGGGCGGCGAUGGCGGGAACUUGACGUGCGAAAGUCGCCGGUUUUUGGCCGGAAGCGGGAAAGAAAAAAAAACAGAAAAAAAUAGACUAUUUCCGGUAGCUGUCGUGGCUGGACGUGGAACGCGUCGGGGGUCGGGAGACUCGCGGUUUCCGGGUUUCAGCCUCAUGUCCCCCCCAUUCGCUUGCGCUCGGCGCGGAGAGAUUGCGUGGCCCUCCUACGCCGGGAGGCGCAGCACGUCGGUGACGACGAGGAAUUUAGAGGACGCGUCCAUCCAGUGGUUUGUUGCCUUCAGAACUUUAGUAUUUGUUUUUG